ACUCCAAAUAGGGUGACUGAAUCUCUGUGCGAUAGCACGAGCUGUCCGAUGGAUUUGAUUACUCCACCUGAUGAUUGCCAUGUCAAUUACACACUGUCCUUUUCGCUACAAAUUUGUCGAGUGGAGGACAUUCUUGUCACGGGCAUCAUCAGGGGUAGCAUUAUUCAUGUUCACAGAGCCAGAACUGUCAUUGUGGACAAUGAUGGGGCCAUAACUGCCUCUGAAUUAGGUUGCAGUAAAGGUGUUGGCAUGGGAAACUACUCAAAUGGAGCAGGUGGUGGUGCUGGACAUGGAGGAAGAGGUGGUUCGGGAUUUUUCAAUGGGAGGCUGAGUGAAGGUGGUCAAAGAUACGGCAGUGCUGAUCUUCCCUGCGAGUUGGGCAGUGGGAGUGAAGGUCCAGGCCAGUCCUAUGGACCUGUUAUUGGAGGGGGGAUAAUUGUGUUGGGAUCCAGCCAGUGGCCUCUUUUCAGACUUGAUGUUUACGGAACUAUGAAGGCUGAUGGUCAAAGUUGUUGUACCCCAAGCAGAAACAGUAAUGGUACACUUGCUGGUGGAGUUGGUGGUGGUUCUGGAGGAACAAUUCUACUUUUUCUUCAAGCUCUUGCCCUUAUGGACAACUCAGCUUUAUCAGUUGUUGGAGGCUGUGGUGGCCCACUGGGUGGAGGUGGUGGUGGUGGUGGCAGAGUUCAUUUUCAUUGGUCUAAGAUAAACAUGGGUGAGGAGUAUGUCCCUCUUGCAACUGUAAAUGGAACCAUUGACCAUAGUGGAGGUACCGGUGAUGGUGGUGGUCUUCGUGGAGAGAAAGGCACAGUAACUGGAAGGAAGUGUCCUAAGGGCUUGUACGGUACAUUCUGUACGGAAUGCCCUACUGGAACAUACAAAAAUGCUGAAGGAUCGGACCCUUCCCUGUGUAUUCCCUGUUCCAUGGAGCUCCUUCCUAGACGUGCUUAUUUCAUUCAUAGGCGAGGAGGAGUAACUGAAUCACCUUGCCCCUAUAAAUGUAUCACUGAUAAGUAUAGGAUGCCAAACUGCUAUACACCUUUGGAGGAGCUCAUAUACACAUUUGGAGGCCCAUGGCCUUUUUCACUGUUGCUGUCGUGCAUCGUUGUGCUGCUGGCUCUUUUAUUAAGUACUUUGCGAAUCAAACUAGUAGGAUCAGGGAGUUCUUAUAACACUUCAAAUUCAAUGGACCAUCACAGUCAUCACCAUUUCCCUCAUCUCCUAUCCUUGUCCGAGGUCCGAGGUGCUAGAACAGACGAAACUCAGAGUCAUGUCCACAGGAUGUAUUUUAUGGGCCCCAAUACCUUCCGUGGACCCUGGCAUCUUCCUUACUCACCCCCUGAUGCCAUUAUUGAGAUUGUGUAUGAAGAUGCUUUUAACAGAUUCAUAGAUGAGAUCAAUUCAGUUGCUGCAUAUGAUUGGUGGGAGGGUUCAGUGCAUAGCAUACUUUCUGUCCUUGCAUAUCCUUGCGCAUGGUCUUGGAAACAAUGGCGGAGGAGAAGCAAAAUUCAUCGCCUUCAGGAGUAUGUUAAGUCAGAAUAUGAUCAUUCUUGUUUACGGUCCUGCCGUUCACGUGCUUUAUACAAAGGAAUGAAGGUUGGAGCAACACCUGACUUGAUGGUUGCUUAUAUUGAUUUCUUCCUCGGUGGUGAUGAGAAACGUUUAGACAUAGUAGCAAGUAUACAGAAGAGAUUUCCCAUGUGCAUUAUCUUCGGUGGUGAUGGAAGUUACAUGUCACCAUAUAAUCUUCACAGCGACACGUUAUUGACAAAUCUCCUUGCUCAGCAUGUACCUUCAACUGUUUGGAAUCGGCUGGUAGCUGGUUUGAAUGCCCAGCUGAGAACUGUGAGGCAUGGGUCAAUCCGCUCUGCGCUCCUACCUGUCUUGAAUUGGGUUAGAAGUCAUGGAAACCCCCAGCUUGAGUUUCAUGGUGUUAAGAUCGAGCUUGGGUGGUUCCAAGCAACCGCUAGCGGGUACUACCAAUUGGGUAUUUUGGUGCUGGCUGGUGAUCAUUCUCUCUAUGAUCUCCCACAAUCUGAAGUCUCAGAAAGCUGUGAUGACUUCUCUAGGAACGUUGCAACAAUAGUAAGGAGGAGUCUUAGGCAACCUCUAGAAAGCCAGCAAUGUGCAAGUCAUGCAUUAUCCCGCAAAAAGAUUACUGGUGGAAUGAAUGGUGGUCUCAUUAAUGAUACUACUGUGAAAUCCCUGGAUGUUAGAAGGGAUUAUCUCUUCCCAUUUUCUUUGCUAUUGCACAAUACCCGCCCAGUUGGUCGUCAGGACACUGUACAGCUGCUGAUCACUAUCUUACUAUUGGCAGAUCUAUUUGUUACCCUUCUUACUUUAGUUUUAUUCUACUGGGUAUCUCUUGGGACUUUUCUAGCUGUACUGCUUGUCCUUCCUCUAUCUUUGCUUUCGCCUUUUCCAGCCGGUUUGAAUGCCUUGUUCAGCAAAGGUCCAAAGAGAGCUAGUCUUGCUCGAGUAUACGCACUAUGGAAUGCUACCUCAUUGUCUAAUGUUGCUGUUGCUUUUAUAUGUGGUUUCAUCCACUAUGGAAUUUCUGCAUUGAAGCCCCCUGAUGAGGCAAGCAUGUGGGGUAUGAAAAGGGAAGAUGACAAAUGGUGGCUUUUUCCUACGAUCCUGCUGCUAUUUAAGUCGGUUCAAGCUCGAUUUGUUGAUUGGCAUAUAGCAAAUUUAGAAGUUCAAGAUUUUUCUCUCUUCAGUCCGGAUCCUGAUACAUUUUGGGCCUAUGAAGCUGCUUCUUGACAUGAAGAAUAUAUUACUUUGGAUAGGAUGGAGAAAUUGUGCAAAUUUUUGGCAUAGCACUUCUUGGAAUUUUGACCUGUAUAUAUGUCCAAAUCAGUACAAAAGCAUUGGUAUACAUGUGCAGUGUUCUUUGAUGUAAUUAGUGUUUGAAGAGAGCAAAGAUGAUAGAUUUAGAAAGUGGAUUUUUUCAUUGAGUUUUUUCUCCUUGUAGAGGAGAAUGUAUAGGUGAUUUACAGAUAAUUUUGAGAUAGCACAGAUGGAUUAGGAGCAAGUAUUUCUUUGUUUAACUUAAUGUUACUCCUAAAAAUAGUGAAGCGCAAUGCAAUUUUGUUCUCCUUAA